AGGGUCUUUACUUUAUCCAUUUCAUCUCCACCGGAUCCCGUCCAUCCAUCUUCUGUGUUGUGUUGUCUUCUUCUCUUCCCUGUUCCUCUCCAGUCCAUCUCCCUCAACUCAAAGUCGACCGACAUUGAUUAGUUAGCUUGCGCCAUUAAUUCUCACCACCCGCCACAAUGCGCUUCUCAUCGUCUACUGUUCUCGCGGCUCUGCCCGCCCUCGCUGCUGCGCAGGACUCUCCCGUCGACCAGUACAAGGCUCAGUUCCAGAAUGUCAUCGGCCAGUUCGCCUCUUACAUUCCUAACCCAGCCUACCAUGACCCCGUUGCUGCCGCCGAGGCCAAGGCUGGUUCCAUGAGACUCAGCGUCUUGACUCUGGACAACUGGAAGGAGACUCUUUACGAGCCUGUUUCCGCUGACGCCACUACUCCCGAGGAGUGGUGGUUGCUCGUCUCUGGUGGAAACAAGACCUGCUAUGGUCGAUGUGGAACUGUCGAGCAGGCCUUCAACGAGACCGCUGCCAAGUUUGCGCUCCUCGACAAGACUCCCCACAUGGCUUACUUGAACUGCGACAACCAGCCUAUUCUUUGCAAUUCCUGGUCUGCCGGCCCUCCCAGCCUCUACGUUUUCGAGAUGCUUCCCGAGCCCGCAGCUGUCGAGGUCUACAGCAAGAGACUCAACUUGACCACCACCACCUCCGACACUCUGGUCGCCCUCCAGGCCUCUGGUAGCAAGGAAGAGUUCCACCGUCAUACCAGCGCCUGGUUCCACCCCGUGAACGGCAAGCUGGCCGAGCAUGGCCUAGCCAUUCCCUUCGGUUACUUGAUGUGGGCCAUGAACCUCGUCCCCAACUGGCUCUUCAUGCUUGUUGUGUCCUUUGGCAGCCGCGCCAUGAUGUCCCGUCGCAUGCAAGGUGUCAACGGUGCUCCCCAGGCUGGUGCUCAGCCCGCCCGAUAAAUUGCUGCUAGCAAUGGCUUUAUGGGUUUUUAUGACUGAACUGUAUCAAGCAAACGUGUAUAUGCCUGCAAAAAGUAUUGAGUUGUCGCAUAAUAAUGUCAAGUUUUAUCAAAAAAACAAGAAUGAUCAUGACUUUUGUGCGAACCCGUUGUAUCGUCCGUGAAAUGACCUGUAAUUUAUGAUUUGUUCUCGCAAGCUGCUUCCACGUGCUUUAGGCCGUCGAUGACUUCGUCGCUUAUCUGUCCAUUGGAGAAUUUACCGUAUCGUAGAUCGCUUAGCGCCCCUACAGUUUGUUGCACAGACUCGAGCAGGGCUGCCUCUUCCUCUUGUAGUUUUUCAAUCUCAGCUUCUAGAGCGCCUGCUGCUC